CCUUCAAGAGCGGCUCGAGGCAGCAGCGGCCGUUGCAGCUGUGGCGCGAGGCCCGGCAGAGCGGUCCGCUGAGGAGGGGGACUGACGGAGAAGUGCUGCUUCUGGGUCUUUAGGCGAGAUGCCGACGGUGAAGCUGAAACCGAAGCACCGGCCCUUCUGCUUCAGCGUGAAAGGCCAAGUGAAGAUGCUGCGGCUGGCGCUAACUGUGACAUCUAUGACCCUUUUUAUCAUCGCACAAGCCCCAGAGCCAUACAUUGUUGUCACUGGAUUUGAAGUCACUGAUACUUUCUUUUUCAUAGUUUUAUAUAUACUCAGACUUAAUCGAUUCAUUGACUGUAUAUUUCGGCCUUUGCUUGAUAUUAUCAACUCAGUGGUUACAGCAGUAUUCAUGAUAGUUAUAUCUGUGUUGGCACUGAUCCCAGAAACCACAACAUAUAUAGUCCUUGGAGGGAUAUGUAGGGCUAGACUAGACUGAGAAAAGCUACUGGAAUCAGUUACAGUACUGAACUCUCAGAAACCUGAUGUCAAGAAAAAAACAAACCAUGGAUGAAUUUCAGAGCUCUCCCUUUUCAAG